AAAUGAUUUGUUGUCAAUAUGGCGGCUGUUGCUACGAAAGCCCAGUGGAUGUUUUCGGUGUGAUAUCUUUCGUAUUUCUUCAUAUUUUUAAGUUGAAAAGAGUUUUUUCUUGAGUGGAAGACACCUGCGUUAUGAGUAACAAGCUUUCCAGCAAGCCGUCUAAGAAGGACAGGCCAAGAUCUACUGGUAAGAUUAUCUUUACACCGCAGAGCUUGCGUUGGCGAUUGCUACUCCGGUCAGUUCUCAGUUCUGAAGUUAAAAUUUCGUGUGAUAAAUUCAAACUACGACUUAAAUCAGAUUUAUCGAGGAUUUAUUUACUGAAAAAGAAACCCAAUUAGAGCUGCUAUUGUUAAAAGAAUAUUAUUAUAACUUUUUGCAGGCCUUGGGCAACCCUCAUAAUUAUUAUGUAUAAUUUAUUAUAUUGAAUUCAUGUAUAAUUAUUAUACUGAAGUAGUUCUUAAGUUGAACAUGUUAAAGCAGGCUGAAUACAUUUUAAAAACGGUCUGGCUGUGUUCUAGAUAAGAGUGCAAAGACGAAAAAGAGAGAUGGUGGCACCCCAGAUAAGAUGGGCUCACCAGUUGGAUCAGCUGUGCAUAUUCAGGAUGAAGUGUGUACAGGACCAUCUGUUGGAAAAGUUAUCAGUGGUGAUGACAUCGAUUCUCUUGCAAUCAAUUUAGAUGAGCUGAAAAAAGUAAGUGCAUGCAGUCCUCUGGACUCAGAGUUGUACUUAAUUAAAAAAAGACUAAAACUAAUGAUGCCCAUACAAAAAGAGAUGCGUGAUCAGUAAAUCUAAACCCCCAGAGCAGACUUCCAACACCAUUGGAUUCAGGCAGUUUAUUUAAGCAAUAGACCACACUUUCUAUGGGUUUACCAGUGUGAUAACCCAUGCGGGAUGUUGGGAGAACACGAGAACGAGUGAUUUACAAGCUUUUCGAGCCAAUCAGAACGUGGGUACUAUCUUACUUAUUUUAUAAUAAUAGUUAUCUUAAUCAUACAGAUGAUGAAUUAUAAUUUACCCUAACGUACAUUUAAUAUUAAUAAUAGCUAAGGCCCAUCGAAAGAGUAAAUCAGAAAAUCAUAACUGCCUGUGGAGUAGGUGGGUUGGGAAAGAAAACUGACAAACAGCUUAUGUAUUAUAAAAUGCUGCUUGUUUGCUAACAGUGUAAAAUUCUAUAUGGCUAACAUAUAUAUCCUAACUGCUGUCAUUGUGGCUAUUUAUGCCCUUCCCACCACAAGAAAAGGUUGUGGUUGCUGUCUUUCAACGUGGGCCGUUCCAUUCAAAGGUCUAGAUUUAUGUUAAUCUAAAGCUGUAUAUUAAUAUCCACUCAAAAAUUAUUGUUACAAUUAACAAAUGAAUGAAGCUAACUCUCGUGUCUGUGAAGAAGUAUGCAGAUCAAAAAGGAUGUUGAUCUGCAUAAUUCUUCUUACCAUACUCAGUCACAUUCAAUAAUAAUGUUUUAUUCACAAUGUUUCUAAGUUCUUAAAGUGUCCAUCAUCUAAAUUUUUUUAUUUUCUUAACUGAAACUAUGCCUGUCCUUAUUAAAAUAACUUCCGUGAAAAAAUUUUGCGAUUUGAACAAAACGCGAUUUUUUUUACCAAUUUUUGAAGUCUACAUUUUUGAGGUACACCUGUGCCGCUGAUCACGUAAACUAGCAGGGUCACAUAUAAUGUCAUGUGACGUAAAUUAAGGAACUUGCAUUACCUUGCCUUCACCAGCUGUACACAGAAAAGGUCAAUUACAAGUAAGGAUUGAAUCACAAUGUCUUCGCAAGAAGAAAGUUUUUCUGAAACAGAAAAACCUACCAGAACUCUUAAUGUUUUCCCGUCGAUAAAGUCACGUGUUCCUUAAAGUACGUCAUGUGACGUCAUACUCUGGGAGAAGAUUAAGACAAAUGGUGUGCCAAAAUGGCGGCAAAUUUGAAUGUUUUUAAAAAAUUCGAAAAAAAAUCAUCUUUGGUUCAAAUCGCAAAAUUUUUUUGCAGAAGUUAUUUUAAUAAGGUGUAGUUUCAGAUAAGGAAAUAAAAAAUUUUAGGUGAUUGGCACUUUAAUAUUGCAAGUAUUAGAAGAUGUAUUUAUGGUUUCCAAUGUAUUUUUUUGUGCUGUGGUUAUUGUGUGACAGUCAAAAUGAUCUAUUAUGGUAAGUACCGAGUGGUUAUGAGGAAUAUUAAGCCAGGGGAUUGGAGCCAAUCAGAAAUGGCAAAGUAUUUUGAAUGAUCUAAUAACAAUUAUUGUAUGCUUUUGUGAACAGGUUGCCUCUUCCAGAUAAACCACUCUUAUUUCCUUCUUCAAGUGCACAUCAGAAAACAUAACAAUUAAUUAAAUGCUCUUAAUUCUAUGUUAAAAAUUCUACAGGUGCAUCCUCCUAAAAAACCAUCAGUUCCCAAACCAUCGGCAACCAUUACUGUACGUAAGGCCAGGCUCAAACCAUCACUGGAUCAAAACCAGCUAGCUGGAAAGAGGUGCAUGAAUAUUUGGAAGUUAAAACAUUAAAAAUGUCCUUACUCAGAGUAUUCAAAUUUUUAGGGUUCAAGUAUUAUUUUCAUGCUUUUCUCUCAAACUUCAUCAGGGAUUAACUGACAGUUUAGACCAUGUGACAUAAAUAAAUUUAAUUCUAAGUUAUAAUUAUGCUAAGUCCCACGUGUUACAUUGAGUCCUUGAAAACUCAACAAAACUUUGUCACGUUUUAGACAAGUUGACCUCAUUUAUCUUUAUCAUGGUUUGUUGCCAGUCAGGACAGGCAGCCUGCAAAAACAGCUGUCUUCCCUUGCUCCUCGCCGCCAGGGACAAUUCACAAGGAGGGACAUCUCCGUCUCUGCAACAGAAACUCCAUACUUAUCACAUAAAUCAAUGUUUACCAUAAUUUUAUCUGGUAAAUUAAUUCAAUUUUAUGGUUCUCCUGGUUGAUUAUGGUAAAGUUCUGUAUUCUUCUGUGAACAAGCUCAAGCAAAACUCAAAUGCUCCUUUAAAAGAAGAAUAUAUAAACUUUUUUGUAGUAGGUUCAUCUCUUUUACAUUUGACCUUUGUGGCCUUUUGUCUUUUGUUUGUCUCUUUAAAACAAUAACCGAAACUGUAUAACUGCUAUGUCAACUAAUUAGAGCUCCUGACCAAAUUGCGGAAAGAUUUUCUGUCAUCACUUUACAUGUAAAAUUUCUGUCGCUGAUGCACAGACAUCCCUCCUGCUAAAAUGUCCCUAGUGGCGAGGAGCGAGGAGAGAUGGUCGUUUUCUCAGGCUACAGGUCAGGAAAUAGUCAGGAAAAAAUUCUUAUUUAAUAAAAACUGAAGGCUUGAAGAAACUUUUAGGUUGUUGAUGAAAAAGGUGAUCUGUCCUCUUAGAACUAGAUAAUUAAAAUGUUAUAAAAAGGGCUGUUAAGGGCAGCUGAUGGUUGGUACUAUCUUAUAUUGUGUUAGAUCAAUGAAAAGUCAAGGAAUUUGUUAUAAAAUAGCAAAUAUAUUGUAUCUGACUGUGAUUUUUUACAAGAUAGUGUAGUAAACAUGUUAAUUUUUUUAAUUGUAUUUUUAAUAGUCUGACUGUAGCACGGCCAGCACCACCUGAUGCUCCUCUGGUAACCACUCCUCUUUAUGGUGAGAAAUAAGCUGUUUAUUUACAUAAAAAAACCUGUUCAAAAUAAUUUUGAUUUGAAAUAUUUUAAAAAGAAAACUUAGUUACCAGAACUUAAUUGUAGCUUUUCAUUAGUGAAUAAUAGCUUAUACCUUAAGUUAUUACAAUUCAUUUGGAAGGAGUAUAUUCAAGCAGUUAGAGCGCUGGACAAAUUUGUAAUCUUAAGGCACUGUGUACAAGUCCUGCCCUGACCAGGUGCCCGCUGGAUUUGUUCUCAGUAGUCCCAAGUUCAAAUCCUUGGCCGCACUUGUAAAUUAAUAGCAAUUGGUUUACCUCCUAACAUUUGGUAUAUAGUGGUGCAAAUGUAUGUUGCAUUUGAAUUAUUGGUUCAUCAUCCUUGAAAAGCCCCAUAAGGGGUGAGGAUACAUCAAUAACAGGUGACCGUAACCCUUUCCAUAACUUUGAAUGUAAAUUCAACUUGGGCUUCAAUGUCGUUCUUUCUAAGACCAUUCAAAAACGUAAUUUGCCUUAUUGUAACUCAAUCCAGGGAAUAUAUUGCAUCUAUCUCAUGACUAAAGGCUUGGUUACCAAUGGUGGUACUUACCUUUAAAAAUGGCAACAACUGUUUACGAAAGGAAAAUAGGCAUAGCCAACAGAAGUAAAGUCAUCUGCGAAGUGAGACGCAAUCACUGACAUUUUUUUUAUGUCGAUUUUUUGCUCUAAUUAAAAGUUAAUGGUACAAUUUGCUUCAGUGUUCUCUGUAUUUAAAAUACUCUGCCAUUGAAAAAAGGUGCAUAGUGCUAUCCAUCAGUGGAUAACACAAUUGGUUCGUUAUCCACUGGAUGUAUAUGGUGAUUCAUCCAGUGGAUAGUUGAAAAAUUAUAAUCGGAGGCUGAUUUAUAUAUAGAUGUAUAAUUAUGUUGUGGUUGAAUUUUAUCCUUGGGUAAAAUUUUAUUUCCCUUUGUUUUGGGGCAUUGUAUUGUGUAUGAUAAUGAGUUUAAAACGAAGAGAAAUAAAAUUUGAACCAAGGAUUACAUUGAACCACAACGUAUAUAGCCAACUUGUGUUUAACCAGUGCAUCACUUUGCACAUUCUUUCCACUUGCGUUACAAACCAAAAUCCUUGGCUACGUGAGGGGCUUCAUCACUCGCUUCUCAAAGAACAAGACACCAAGGGAGCAUAUAUAAGAGUUUCUUGAAACUUUUCUAUGUUUGUCUGGGAUGGGGGAAUAGUUCAAUAGUGGUACAUAUUGUUAUUGGUAGUUUGAGAUGUGUAGAAGAUAUGGAGUUCUAUUGGACAAAUGAUUUGGUCUACUAUGGUUAUUAUUGUUAUAAUAAAUUGUUCACUUCUGCUGUUGACUGAUCGGAAGCACAUUUUUUGAGACGUCAGUUGUAGGUCCAUUGUUCAUGAUUCCUUUGUACAUGUAGGUUCCACUGGUCCUGUGUUUGAUGAAGACGGACAAGUGUUGACUCACACAAUAUUAGGCUCAUGGGAAGAUUUUCAACAAGAGGCGAUAAAACGAGGGGAUAUAGAGGUAUUUUGUGUAUAAUCCCGAGUAAAGUGGUGUCAGUUGACUCAGUCCAUACAUCUGACACUUAUUUUCCUUUGAUAGGCCAUCUUUGUGAUAACAUCACUUCACCUCAACUACCAGAAUUCUCUUUGUUUUUUCCUUGCAAAAAAGUGCUGGUGAGAAUUAUGUUGCACAGAAAAGAAAAAUACUGAAACCUUCUUGUGCAUGUAGUAAUGUAAUGUUGUUAUGUACUCAAAUGACAUCUGAAUGUUUCUUUCUCAUUUUCUCAAAAAAAUGUCACUAUUCUAUUUUGAAAGCUGUGACUUUUCUGAAGCAUUCUUAAAUUAAAUUCUGGUUUACCAAAAAUAUAUAAUUAGUUUAUUUUGAUAAAGCCUAAUUAGGUUUAACUGUUGUGAUCUACCUUUCUCUGAUGUAAUGCCUAGAACACAUGCAGUUACUUUAGCUACAUAUGUAACAUAAAAUAACAUCAUGUUAAAACUGCCCAAGGUAACUAGGUGAUCUCUCUGCUCAUAGCAUAUUCAACAAGUUUAUUUUAAAUCAGGCUGUGGAAUUACAGACCUAUUAUUAUUUUUUUUAUUUCCCUAUUUUAUUUCCAGAAUCUACCACCCUUCUCUGGUUACAAGGUAAGGUUUGUGCAUCCUCAAAAAAGAUUUGUGAAUCACUUCAGGACUGUCUAAAUUCAUUACACAUAAUAUGCUUGUACAAUCUGUUUAUUAUUAUUCAUUGUACAUAUAUAAUUAUAUAGGCAGUAAAAUAAUUGUCUUUUUUUCAUUAACUGUAUGUAGUUUGGUGCUGGCAAAGUUAGACCAACUACCAAGGGGCCAAAAAAGGAAAAGAGCUUUUCAAGUCAUGUUUGGCAAACAAGGGUGAGACCAAGGGAUUAACCUAAUAUGUACUUAAGUUACUUAAUUUUGAAUUCAAUCAGCAUCAGGAUAUUUACAUUUUAAACUUUUAUAGAAUAUAUAACAUUCAUUUGAUUUACAUGUAUUGUACAUGCCUAUAAUUACACAGCAGUAGCCUACAUUUUCUACAGUAUUUCAGUGUGACUUGUGCAUGUCCGUUUUUCUUUGAAUUACUUAAGGCGUAUAUUAGUUGUGAGCCCUGUGCUUGUUUUUUACAAGGCCUUAAAAUAAGAUACAUACCGGUAUAUACUUUAGUGGCAGGAUGGAUAUCCCUAGAUCUUGACGCAUUAAUAGUUAUCCUACCAAAAUGGUUUUAAAAGCCUUAUAUUAGUACAAAUGUCACAGGACAUUGAAUUAACGAGUUACAGGAGUAUACUUGCAUAAUUGUCGUUAUUAUAUGCAGAUCAAUGAAAGCAAUGCUCUGUCAAACUGGCAACGACAGAUGCUGCAGAGAAAAAGGCAACAGCAGCACUUAUCCAGUAAGUCAGGAAACCUGCAUAUAUUUUACUAAGAAUUAGGCUUCUGUUAGUGUUUUUUUUUUUGCAAGCCACCACUUUGAUGGUUGACUGCAAACUGACAAGUCCUCGUUGCAUACCUCACAGAGGAGAUCUUACAAUUAUUUUAAAAGAUUGAAUUUGUUAGUCUAUGAAGCAAAAUUUGCAAGAGAAUAAAAAAGUACUACAGGUCCUUGGGAGCAGUUUCUUCUCAGGCUGACACCCUUGUUGUGUGCAUCUCUUGCAUGUCUCUCAGAUCAUGCAUUUUUUCUCUUUUUAAACAGUCGUUAAAAUCUAAGUUAUUGCAAGAACUAUAUGAGACCUAAUUUUCUCGGCUUUGAACAUUUAUAUAUAUUGUAGAUUUCCACUAAAACUAAUUCAUAUUUAUUCCGUGGUAGGUUUUCUCUCUUUUUGUUGUUAUUAUUCUUAUCACAAUAGUUAGUAUUAGCCUGUUAAUUUUUGUUCUUUUUUCUGUACCAGAAAGUUUCUGUCUGUACUUAAUAGCUUAUUAUAUUGUCUUUGUAAUGCCCCUUUGGGAAAUGUAAUAAAUUUGUAUGUAUGUAUCAAGAAACAAAAAGAGAAUUUGAAUAAACAUGAAAGACUACCUACAGUCUACCUGUCCCUGUUUCUUUCUUAAUAUGUAAACUAAUUCAUGACUCAUGUGUCAGGGGUUUGUUUUAUUUUUAAUCCCUUUUAAAAUUCCUGUAGAUAUGUUGAACACAUCAACAGACAUGUUGGUAAUGAAUCAGAGUGAGGACUACAGACAAAUUCAAGAAAACAGGUAUCAGAUAGAUCAGAUAGUCUGUCAUAACUGCAGAAAUUUUGUAAUUUAAAAAAAUUACUCUCUGUACAUCUUAGGAAUCUCUUGUUUCUUAUUUUUCUUCAAUUUGGAAGGUGUGAUUAGAGAAACUUAGCCCUCCGUUAGCAUGUUAGCAGAUAGCAAUAUAACAGCAGGGAAGAUUGGGUUCAUGAUUUGAUGGUCUUGAGAGAAAUGAAGAGAGCUUGCUUGGAGCUAAUGGACAACAUGUUUAAGCAAAUUAAAGUAUGAAUAGCUUGAACAAGAUAUCUUACUGAAAUUUUUUUUUUCAUUUAUGUUUAAUAGUUUGUGCGUGGUUGGCAGUGAGAUAAACUUCACUUCAUAUUAUAGGCCCAACAUUUCUUUACAGCAUUAAUACUUACAGUUGUUGUAGUGAAAACUGAAGUCAUUAUUGAGUGGUAACUUGUAAGAGUUGUUUUUAUGGUAGGGAUGCGAUUGACAGGUCAAUUCCAUCAAUGGACUAUGGAAAAGGAUGUAAGCAUUAAUUUUUCACGACAUGUUAUCUACUUCAGUGCCUGUUUUCAUAAUAGAAGGUUUGGUACUAAUUCACAUAGGCAGUUAGAACUUUCCAUUAUCCUCGAAUUUUGUCACCUGGUGAUCUCAUAUUUGACACUCAAGCAGAAAAAUAUGGGGCUGAGCUACAUAGUCCAGGCUGGUAACUUAGGCAAACUGCUGUUACAAGAGUUGCAACUGAGCAACUGAGCAACUAUUACAUGUAUAACGUUUAUCACUUGUUGUAGUACAAGCCUAUAAACAAGCAGGGUGCCCUGCUGCUGCUGUGUCCUCAGUUAUCAUUUAUUUUUGCCUUGAGAGAUCUGUUCACGACAGCCUUUGGCACAUGCAGAGCUUUGCUAGAAAGUUGAAUAGUGGCUUUAGGGUAAACAAUUCCCCUUAAAUAAUGGAGAUGUUCUUAUGUUAAUAAUGUAGAUCGUGUUGGUAGUGAAUUCUGGAAGCAGGUGGAGCAGAUAGGAGAUGAUGAGACAGGAAUCACGUAAGUGAGGUUGAACUGCAAGGGGUGGGACUGAGCACAUGUGGAAGUGGAUAGCGGGGAAAAUAGCUUUUCAAAUUUUUAUAAAAAGUUGGUGAAGUAGGCUUGCAAUGAGAGCAUUAUUUGAAUAUCAUAAUGAAUCCAGCAUAGUUAGUCAUCAUCAAUCUGCACCUGAAUUCAUGCCGAGCUAACAACAACAGGCAUGUAAUCUGAGAUAUUGCAUGUCAGCAGCACAUUUUCUUGUUAGCUGUGUUUCAACUUUUUUUCUUAAUAAAUAAUGUACGCUGUGUUGUAGGGGUUGUAAGUGAAGGUUACAUUGAUUCAAACAUAUGUAGCAGGGUUUGAUAAAAAGUGGCUUUGUUGUUGUUUAUUUAUAUGUAGCAUGACACUUACCCAGACUGAGCGUGGUUAUCCUCCAGCCAUUGAGCACAUUGCCAAACCUAUUUACAUUAAGAAUGAAAUGGGUAUGUACCAGUUUUCUUUACUUGUCUUUGCUUGUCAUUUAAAACUUGUUACACUGAUGCUUGUUGACCAUGUAAGUACGUUGUAAAUCUUACACUAGUUACGAUUCAAUAAAAUACUUUUGAUCAGUUUGUACACUCUUCCCUUUUAUAGUUCCUUCAGUUGGCGCCUUUAUACCAAAUACUUUUAGCAAACGCUAACCUUGCCACUCUAACACGUUUUAUUCCUCCGUGUUUUUACUAUAUUAUUAUUAUUUUGAAUUUAAAGAAAGUGAAGAAAAGAAAAAUGUUCUUGAUUCGCUGGAGAGUUUUAAGCAAACGUUCCCCAGUUUAUUGUGAUUUAUGGAGAUCAAGUACUCAGACCGCGUCAUACUAUGGACAUCAUUGAUCUUGAUCGAGAUAUUAACAAGAGUAAGCUUUAUCACUAAAUUUUGUUGGCGGAUUUUUAAAUAGUUACAAGUUUGAUUAGUUUGAUUUGAUUACAGGUAUUGAGUGGUCUAGUACACACAGGUCAGCAUCUGUUCAUUAUCCCUGGCAGAAAUCAUCUUAUUUGCAGGAAAGAACAAAACAGCUGCAAAAUGUUUUACGUGAGCUCGAUCCACAACAGCCGGUAAGUUAAAUGCUCAAAAUGGAAAGAACGUACAUGUAUUACAAAAUGUUAAUAGCAGUUAAGACACUUUCAUUCAGUUGGUAAGGAGGCGCUCACCUAGUGUGUACUGUCCCGAAAAACCCAGCCGCCUGAAGACGUAAGGGCACCUGGAAAGGUUUCAGAUAAAGGGCUAUAGAGCUUCUUUUUUCGCUCUUCUCAGUGUGUCUUGCGCACAUCAAAAAUUCGUCCCUAAGGUGGUGCUCUCUAUCCUCUUGCCAACCCAGUGUAGUAGACAUUUGAUCAGAUACCAAAUACCUGGUAGGUAGCUUAAGGUAAUCACCUGUCACAUCAUUUGUACUGUAUCUUUAAGGUCUGCUAAUAUAUAUAUUGGUAAGCAGCAAAAAGAAUGGACGUUCUAAGAAAACAACUGGCUUGAAAUUCGUAAGUUGUCACAGUCCUGGACAAAGGUCGAUGGGACGGCCAUGCAGUAUUCGUAAUUACCUGUAUUUUCUAGGGUGCCCUCGUAAAGCAUGUGUAGUUUAAAAAGAGCGCCAAAAAUGCAAAUUUAUCCCAAGUCUUUUCUUUUUAAGCCCAUUACUUACGGUUUGCUUUUGUUAUAACUAUGAAUGUCCGUCAAAUGGCAAUAAAUUGUUCUUGUUACCUUGUUACAUACUAGUAUAUCGAUGAGCUGGAGGUAAUUGGCACAAACCAACCUCGUCGUUCAUCCAAGUUUGACAUGAUGUCUGUUGUACAAGAAGAAGAGGAACCUGAUGUGUUCAACGAGUCCAUGAAUGAAAGGUCAGCAUCGUUUAUCUCUACUACUAUUUGAAUAAAUAACCAUAGUAGGAACUUAGAGUACGUCUCUCUGGAAAUAUCCAAUCAAAAAAAACGGAUUUUUGGUUUCUUUACUAAAUCGGAGAAUGGAUUAUCAAUCUCAAGAAUCCAUCCCAAGUGAAUUCGUUUUUUUCUUUUUAUGACCUGAGCGUUUGUUUGCCGGAUCUGAACAAACUACAUAUCGUAAGCGGUCUUCUUGCUGGUCCCCACCAUUACUGUUUUCACGUUAAAAAAUCCUUUGGAUUUUCAAUCAGAGUGAUCUGCGAUCAAGAAUCUAAUCGAACUUGUAUUUUACUGUUUUGUCAAAAAGAGGGCUUAAGAGAGCCGCUGAACUUCAAGGACGAAAAGGCAGUCGCUGAAGUUUGCGUUGAGGAGCCCUCCGGUCAGCUACUCCCAUUAAUGAAACAGCUGAUGAUAACAUAGAAUACUCUUGUAUGAUGUCCGAAUUCUGGUGAAGCUCGCAUGAAAUAUUUUUAGGUUCUUUUUUAUUUGCUUAUGUUGAUCAUGCAGCUGGUCGAUAUAAUGUCACUUUUCUCAGGCUCUGCUGAUACAAAAUAACGCUUAAUGGUAAAUGGUAUAUUCUUGUUAAAUUCCCUGUAGGGAUCCCUUAGCAGGCAUUUCUGAUGUAAUUCCUCAGCCCAUUUUUGGACCAUCAUUAUCCAUCGGUGGCCACACAGCUCAGUGGAACGGACCAAGGAGUAAAGGAACUAGUGCUGGUCAAGUUGGAGUUCCAUGUCGAGUGAUAUUUGAGGCGAAUGUAGGAGAUAGGUUCACCUCUUAUUUGAAUAUCUGCAAUGAUGGGACAACUGCCAUUUACUUUUCUUGGAAGGUAUCAACUAUGAUCAAAAUAGGACAGCUACAAGAUUGGAAAAUGGAUGAAUCAAAUGGACUCUUCCACGGUUUUUUUUUUCUCAAAUUUUCAUACAGACCAGUUAGAGAAUAUCAAUUGACACUGGUGAAAAGAGCAUUAAUAAACAUUAAUAAACUUGGCAAGUUUAAAGGUGGUACGUUAAAAAGUGAGCGAAGAUAUUGCUCGGCAAAGCGGCGACAUUUUCUGGUGGGGAGUCUGCACGAGUCUGCCCCCUCCCAACUUGGCAUCGUAACUAAUUUUAAGGCGUUUUUUUACGCAUUUCUGUUAACGAAGUUGAAUACACAGUGGAAGGGCGGGCCUAUUACAAUUGUUUUGACUCUUUAACCCUACGCCCGCGGUCAACAUGUACAUGUUAUUUCUUUGUGUUUACACUCAACAGAAAAUCCCAAAAGCCAAUGUGCUGGGUACGAAACUCGCUGGACAGACUCAAAGGUUUUACUUUGACAGUAAGAGUGGCGUGAUUCUGCCAGGAGAUACCUUAAACUUUCCAUUUGUAUUCAAAUCUCCAAGUGCCGGGAUCUUUACAGAGACUUGGGAACUGAUGACUAAGCCGACAUUGUGCGGUGGUGAUCCAAUAAGAAUUACUCUCAGAGGUGAGAUCAGUGAGGUCCAGUACUCAGGCCUGUGAAACCCCUCACUUUGACACGGUACCUAAAACCUGAAGAAGGUACUUUUUUAGGGAGGCGCCUUCCCGUUUAGCCCAUUAUAGGAGGGGUAGGUCAACCCUCUGCAGCGGAAAACGUGACUUACAAUACAGACCUUUUUUUAACGCUAUGUUCCUCGCAGAAAUAAGAAACAUUCAGGAAUGUGGGUGCUACACAGAGUCGAGUAUUUUAAACCUUCAGCGAGAUAUUUGGAUGCCUUAUAAAACCCUCUUUAUUGAGCUUCUGAAAUGAUGAAGCGUUCUUGAAGAUAUGCCAAGUAUAACUUGGCAAAAUUCCUACGUUAUAAACCGCCUAACCUCUUCUGACGGACGCCGGCUCUGUUGUGGAGAGUGUUAACUUUACAGUUCUUACCCUGAAUAAGACCACUUGGUUUGUCGCUUGGAGUGGUUCCGGUAUAACAGAAGUUUGUACUGUCUUUGUUAGGUGUAGCGAUAGAAGAUGACAUUUAUAAGGAUGCCAGACAGCAGAUCGAGCAGGAACUAGCUCACAGAGAAGCAGUAGAGGCUGCUGCGAGAAUUCUUGAUGAGAUCCUUGAUGGUGUUCGCACCCCCGAAAGAGCAAGGUCCCCUGUGGAUGCCUACAUCACGGUGAGGAGAGAAACUAAUAGAAUUCGAAAAAGAGAAACGAUUUAGUCACUAUCAUCAUCCUCGUCAUCAUCAUCAUCAUCGUCUUUGUCGUCAUCAUUAUGGUAAUCAUUUUUGUUUGGCAUUUUCUAUAGCACUACUCACACAUAGAUUCACACACGCUUAAAGCUGACCACACGACCGGCUAGGUUCUACAUCCCCAGCUUGAUAUUUGUCUCACAUCCUAACUUUUCAUCUUAAAAAGAAGCAUUGUCCAUGAUAUGCGGGUAGAUAAUAUUAGUACUUACGUGGUUUUGCAGGAUCCCACUGCCCCAUGUAACUACAUUUCUUGUUAAUUUUUAAUGUAGGUUUACGUGCGCGCUACUAAUGUUCGAACUUCAAAAUGAAUUCUGACCGCUUCAAAAGAUUUAGAUAAAUUUAGUAACAUAAAUCAAUCUGCGUUUGGUUUAUUUAAUUUCAGGAGGAAGAGAUCUUUGGAAGAGCUAACCAAGGGGUAAGUCUUAGUUGUAUUGUUAACUGCACGAGACAACCGUCCUUCGUCUAACCCGCCACACCAGAACUAUUUUAAUACUCUUGUUAACGAACGGAUUAUUUUCUUCUGGUGUUUUCAGAUGUAUUUCCAGGAUGAAAUUGUUCAAGAAUUAAAGCAACUAUACGCACAGCUUGAACAGGAGACAGAGUGGGAUUUGUCAUUACAGUCCCUUCAACAGGUAAUAGUUCACUCCAUUCUACAGCUGACCUAUUUCACUUGUAAUAGGUCAUUCAUUAAGUCUAUCGCUCUCGUGACCUGGCAUGUUUUUCCACUCACAAUGUAUUCCAACGUGCCAUUAAUAAAUCAGUCGAUAAAUUUACACGUUCGAUAUUAAUGAUGCGGUGGGGAUCAUAAGAACGUUAGCUGGGUGUGCUAUUUGUCAUUCCAAUCAUAAUAGUAUUCAACGUAUCUUUCACAUGAACCUCCCACGAGUUUACUGUAAUUUCAUGGUAGAGCAUCUGGAUGAGUAACCAGAAGGUCAUAGCUUAGACGCCUGUCGGGAGAACUCAGAUUUCUUUUCAAAACAUCAUUCGCGUUUUUGAUUUUGUAGAACAUCUUUCAUUUGAGGAAAGAGACAAGCAUGAAAUCUUGCAAUUAGUGAGCCCUUCGUUCAAUAAAUAGCUCACUCAAUUAAUUUAGACACAAAGGGUUACCUUCUAUAACUACAAGUACCACUUGUUGAAAUUAAUGUUAAUUGAGAUUGAUAAUCAGUUCAAUCCAUUAUAUACUGAUAUUGUUAGUACGAGAGCGAUUCUGCGAUAUAUCUUUUGAGAUCUCUGGUUAACUAGCAUGCGUUUUUGUUUGUUUUAGAAAAUUAUGUCAGUUGAGGAUGGUGAUGAGCGUGAAAGCCUUCUACAAACACUGAACAGCUGUAUUUCGACCCUGUCAUUCCCGCCAAUGACACCUGUUAAACACGCCAUGUAUGCUGCAGGGUGCGUCAUAACUUAAAUUAGUAGUAGAAUUCCGCAUAAAGGCGGUUUUUUUAUGUUCAUUGUUUGUUACUGUACCUUCAUCACGAGGUCAACAUUUCAAUUUGUGAUGCCUUAUAUUAUCGAUUUUAAAAUAGUGAGUAUAAAAAAAAUUAAAACAAAAAUCUCAACCUUGGCAGAUACUAGAUACUUUCAACAUUCUAGAAAGUAAAAUCUGGAAUUUUUUUUUAAUUGAAUCAUUGAAGUAGAGAGUGAAAGGGAUCUUGUUCCUGGGAUGUUUGCAUUAUAGUUAUCAAGUGCUGUGUGAGAUGGUGGACAGUAUUGUGGGCCAGGCCAACAUGAUACGAGCUAUACUUGGUCUUCCUGAGCGGGAACUUGUCGAGGAUACUUCACAAGAUGAAGGUAUUGCUUUUAGCGUGACUGAACAGUGACCCCAGGGUCAUUCAAAAUGAUAUGAUUAUAUCGCUUUAAGUAGUUCUUUGCCUGUUACGUAGACAGCUAUGAGCGUUUUGAGCCCUUGCUUGUUGCCAUAAUGUCUGCAUUUGGUAAAACGCAGACCCAACAAGUAAGCAAAUGACUAUCACAAGUGAUUAUCAUUGAUCUUAAAAAGCCGCCAGUAUUCUGAAUAUUUAUUUGAUCAUCAAACACCAUGCUCGACAUUCAACUGUCAUAUGGAAUCGUGUUUUAUUUCCUCGUGCCGUCAUUGUUUUAUCGUAAAACAAUUAUUUGGCGAAAAAAUGUUAGGUUGAGAUCAUUUUUGAGGCUCACUAGUACAAGGGUACUGCAUAAAAGGGUAAAGACUAGGUAAGAAAAAUCUGAGUUUAUUUGCCACUAGGCCUGUGGAAGGCACCAACUAGUAUCCAUGGCCUGGUGUUUCUGAGAUUCGUGUUUCACUAUUAGUUACACAGAGACUGCGCAAAGGAACCACUUCUGAAACCAAAGUAGACACUAAGAAGGGAGACAAAAAAGACAAGAAAACAGCCAAAAUGUCUGACACUGUAAGUUUCGUGUAUUUGUUACUAAAGGUAUUAUGAUAUUCAAAACCUCAACUGUUUUGAUUUGUAACAGUUUCGUUUAAUGCGCUGCAAUGGUAGUUGCAAACCUUUGUCAACUCAGAGCAAUUUCUCAGCCAACCUAUUUCAGAAUUCUUGUGCAAAGACCCGCUUCCAACCUUGUCGAACUUAAUUAUUUCAUGUGCUAAUGCUGUUGCUUUAAUUAGGAAAAAUUGAUGCUUAAAUCCGAAAGCAUCAGUUUCUGCUCAUAAGUUCUAAAUUUGCCAGACUUCGCUCGUCUAAACUUAGGCCUGGAAUGGACCCUACGUGCAAAGUACAGUCAAACCCUGUUACUGAAUACGAACACUGAGUAGGCGUAGAAAGUGUCGGUAUUAAGCGAGUUGAAUUUCGAGAAAAUGUAAGGACUUACUUUCCCCUGCAAGGACAAGGAUAACUGUUCGUAAUAACGCGGAGGUAUCAGUAUUAAGCUGGUGUCCCGUAAAGCGGGGGUUCGACUGUAUAAUGGCUAUCUGUAUUUCUUUUCACCUGCAUAAUGAAGAGUAGUAAUAAGUAUGUUAUUUUUAGGAAGAAAUCAACAACGAAAAUUGUGGUUUCACUUCAUGACUUAAUUACAAAACUAAUUUCGUUUUUUGAUAGCUGUAUAAACAACUACUUUAUGCCGCGUCUCUACUGAUUUCUCCAUUUAAUGUUGAAAGUUACUUAUCCACUAUACCGCGGUAUUUCGGGUUCCUCACUUGCCUAAAACAUGCCGGGUAACAGAAAUAAGAUUUCGUGACUUGUUGGCAAACUCUGUUGUAUUUCCCUUUCUUGAUACUUUUCUACAUUGUCAUCAAGGAGACUGGUCAGACCUGCAUUCAGAGCUCACAACCUUGUGAAGUUCAGAAUUAUUUGGAAUCGGAAGAGGGCUUGUUUGUUAGUAAUUCUUAGAGUUUACUUUUUCCAUCCUUUCUUGACGUAUCAAGAACCUGUGUUUUUGUAAUUACAUUGAAAUAUUAGUAUGUCAUAGCAUGAUAUGUAGUGAUAUUAGGCAUAAAUACCACGAGUGAUAUUUCGAAAUUGUUAUACGUAACUUCACGAGCCGUUAGGCGAGUGAAAUUUGAGACAAUUUUGAAGUAUCACGAGUGGUAUUUAAGCCAAAUAUCACGUCCAAAUCAUGUUAUUAUUUGGUUAUACUACUACCCGCAAAUGGUUUGUAAUUUUCACAUAUAGGUAUUUCAAAUUAAGGUGAAAUACCAGUGCUCUAUGCCAAUCAAAUUGCAGAAAUUUCUUAUGUAGUAGUAUAAAGCUUAGUAGUAUAACACGUUUUCUCACCAUACUCAAACUUUUGAUGGUUUACCCCUAAACUAGCCAGUAAACCCUGUGUACGUUCAGUAAUGGAAUUCCACAUUAGACCACAACUUAAAUAUGACUACAGAUUCCAGCGUUUUGGCGAUGAAGGCAGAUGUCAAAAACAUCAAAAAGCUUUGUUAAGUUUCGUUGUAAAGCGCUGCAAUGUCUCCAUGGCUCAGCUGAUAGAGAUUACGCCAAAAGGCUAACGACGGAAAAAGAGUCUAGCGUUGAUAUCUCUAAUUCUAAGCACGGAGCUUGGGCUUUUUUUAAGUGUCAAAUCGAACGCCACAUUGUCAGAACUGCUUGCUGCCAUUUAAAAAGACUCGAAAAUGGAGCGAUGAAUAUGGGUAUUUUCACACUAUACUGGAUAGGUUUUAUGUUGAGCUACGAAAAGCUCUCCGGCAUUAUAUGAACACCUAUCCGAUAUGUAACUCUCCACCUUAGAAAUCGGCGAGGCGCCGCUACAUCUGUUCAUGUGUGAACAGAACUGAGCCCUAUGCGGUAUGAUUUUCAUGGCGGUGUAAAGGCUAUCUGUUAUAGUAGUGUGAACACAGUCUAAAACAAUAACCAAGCGAAUAAGCGAUGGAGCUUACAUGACGAAAACUGAACAGCCACGUGUCACAUUUUACUAACUAGAUCUCAGACGAGAGUAAUUCUUAAACAAAUUGCAACUCAGUAAUGUUGACAACAUAUUUCUCUUGUGAUGGUGUUCAUAAUAAUAAUAAUAAUAAUAAUAAUAAUAAUAAUAAUAAUAAUAAUAAUGACUUUAAAAGCUAUCUAAACUAAUAUUCUAGAAAUUCACAUAUGCGCUAACAAUUAAAUUCUAUGGGCAUAUUUGACCAUCAAAACAAAGUUAGUUUAGCAAACGACUGAUCUCAUGUGAUCUGACUUGUUUUUUGUUAGGAUCGCCCUACGUCAACGCAACGCUCCAAGUUAUCAGCGAAAAAGUCAGGAAGAGGUAAAAUUAUAAAUUAGUCAAGAUGUUUUAUUCACUUGUUUUUCUAACCUUUGUUUACUAACCACCCCUUGUACAAAAUAAAACUACUGGCAAAGAAGUUUUUAGCGAGUUAAUUUUCAUCUUUAUCCUUUCUAGGUACCAGUACUCCUUCUUCACAGUCAAAAUCAGCCCUUAGCGAAACAGCAGCAGAGCGGACUGGGGUGAGUUAAUUUUGGACGGUCCAAUAUUAUUACGACCCCUCUAUUACGUUACACGUUUUUUCUUUAGAACAUAUAGGUGGAGUAACAAUAUCUUGUAACUAACGCGCGUUGCCGGGUAAGAUUUGUCUUUCAUUAAAACUUAACUUAAUAUGAAGAAAGAGGGAGAGAAAUGGUUUAAUCACGUGUUGUUGCGACAUUCUUCACUUGACUUGUGCCGGCAAAUUCUAUUCUCAUGUUAAACAAUUAAUUCAGUCUGCUAGAAACAUCUAGUACCACUUUUCUAACUAAUCACAGUUGAGACUAAAAAUAGGUCGUUGCUCAGUUUUCCAGCGCUUAGCCAGGAGUUAUUUUACUUCAAAUUUUUACUGGUUCUUUUGAAUGUCGGCGCCUGCUGUGAUUGGCUGACGUAAUAUUGCUGUUCCACAUGUAUUACUACGUCUUUCAGUUGAUAAUUGUUGAAUUAUCUGGUGAUUUAAUCUGAGGUAAAGUAGUAGUAGCGUCUGCCCUCUGAUUAUUUCUGCCUUUUUUGUUUUGUCAGACACCAGCCAGUGUGGAUGGCGUUACAGUGGACCCAGUUUUAGAAGCAAAGUACAAAGAAAAGUUUUUUACUCAGGUUAUUAGCUUUGCUUUUUCAUUAACAACGUGAUUUAUGUCCAGUUGUCUCUCUGAAGAAAUGGGUGACGCCGGGUAUAUUCAGAAUAUGGCAAUUAGGCCGCUAUGUUUACACGAACACAACAAUUUGGUUUUAUCAAGUGAGUCAAUUAAGUUCCGUUUCCUGCGCCAUAGAAUGAUUCAGAAGAUGUUUCGAACGGUUGGCCUUUGUCGGAGCGAAACGUCAUCUUUAUUGUGCCCGUCCGUUUAAGUUUGAAAAGCGUAACAAACUUGUUCUUAGAAGACUAUUUUACGAAAGUAUCUGAUCACGACCAUAACGUGUAUAGGCGUUUACAAACUUAAACUGAUUUAUGCGGACCAAGCCUUAGUUUACCCGUUGGAAAGAGGUUUAUCUUAUGGGAAGUACAAGAGCUAGUUGCCUUUCAAAAGAAAAGCACGCAAGCUUGUUUUAUUGCCAUUUGCACUGUAUUCUGAUAAACGUUUUACUUUUUUUAGGUCUAUGCGCUUGUGGUGGAAGCUUUUGACAGAAUGGAUAUGGUGUUUGAUGACAUAAAGGCCGCCGAAUUGAACGCCGAUCAAUAGUGUGCUAUUAUUUAUAUCAAUCCCGACCUGAGGUUGUUUUUGAAUAAAGUACGUCAGGC